AUGCUGGGCAUCGUGCCGGGCGUGACGCCGCAGAACAUCAAGAGCCUCGUGCUGGCGACGGACAAUGUGCGCGAGGUGGCCAACAUGAGCGAGGGCGAGCUCGCGCCGCUCGUCGGGCGGGAGGCGGGGCGCAAGAUUUUCGGCUUCUUCCACCGGAAUGUCGUGGAAGACUGA